CCCUCAUAUCUACUGUUGCACCGGGUCAAGUAUCAUCCCACCCAAGUCAACCGCUAUUUAACAAGGUAUGUAAACCCGAUGGUUUGUCCUCCCUUGCAAAUCCAUCUUCCAUCCUCUUCUCCGUCACAACAAGUUCAGCAUCACAACCCCGACGAUGUCAAUGACAAAGGCGCAAACCUCGACCACUUCAUCAGUAACCAUGACGGGUGAUGAUGAACGCGUCGAAGGAAUAUUCAACUAUUGGUCGAGACCCUCUCCUCCAGCCGUGGAAGAAGUCUUUUCCGUCUUCAAUGGGACAUCUUCCAGUCAAAAAUCUGUUCGAUGUGACGUGUCCGACAUUCGAACGCACGGCCUGUCAUCUUUCCACCUGGCCAGCCACGGGUUUCAGAUUCUGCGACACUCUUCUUCUCUACUCCCCCCGCAGACGGAUCGUAUCCCCGAUUUCCACGACGAUCAAACCACCAAGGACCUCUACUGGCCCGAGGUCACCUCUCUGAUUCAGUCGACCCUGAAAGCCCGUAGCGCCAUCGCCAUCACAACCACGGUGAGGGACGUCAGUGAGGUCGUCGAAACGAAUCAAAACCACGGGAAUCCCCGCGCGAACAAGAACCAGCGUUUCCAGCCUUUCACGGUCGUCCACGGAGACUAUACCCCUCCCGGAGCCAGAGGGCACAUGCGUGCCAUGCUGCCGACGUUCUUCGAGGACAAUGGGAUGUCGGGCAGUAACACCCCCGCCGAGCGGGAAAGGUUCUUCAGCCUGAGGGACCAAAUCAUCAAGGCGGAAGACGAAGCCAUGGCUCGAGAAGGCGGUGUCACGGAUCAAUGGUCGUGGAGCGGCGAGAACUAUGCCGGACCGCGUUGGAUGAUGCUGAGCGUCUGGAGACCCCUUGAGACCGUGCAUAGAGACCCACUCGCCGUCAUGGACCCCAAGUCUCUCCUCCUCAAACCAGGCCAAGAAGGAAAACCACCGUAUGCGUUGUUCACCCGCAUGUACAGAGACAGGCCCGGCUUCGAAAAGGAAUACCAAUCCGAGAACCUACUGCCAUUGGCACCCGAAAACGGUGCGGAUCACAAGUGGUACUACAUCAGUGAGCAGAAACCCGACGAGGUUUACGCGUUGAAGUUGUUCGACAGCGAGGCACAGAAGCAGGACAGUAACGUCGCCCCUUGGGUCGCACACAGUGCAUUCCCCCUACCUGGUCAGGAAGGGAGAGACGCGAGGAAGAGUGUGGAGAUUAGAGUCAUGGUGAUUUUUUGAUACUCGGGACCUAGAGUGUUUCGUUCUAGUACAUUUCAAGGUGCAAUCCCAAAGUGAGAAAUCAUUGCG